GACGCCACGUUAAUGUAUGUUAUUUUAGCUUUAGAUGUUAAUUUUCAGUGAUUACAGUUAACCUCGUUGGAUCACGAAACCGCUUAAAUAGUUUACUGAAACUCGUGAGCUCUCCCUCUUGAUUGAAGAGAACGCAUUGGAAUAAAGUCCACGCGUCGCUUUUUUUGUUUUUGAAGAUAAUUCACGAUGUUGAGGGCGCUGUUUCUUGGCGUUUUUGUGGCAGUUGUUGCUCUCGCCGCGACAGCGGAAAAGCCAAAAGACAAGCUUGUUGUCGUAGAUGUUAAGGGCCUCGCGAAGAAGGAAAACUCCUUGAAGAAUUUAAAAAUUCCGAAGGUCAACCCGAACGAAUUGAACAAGAAGCGAGAACAAUUGUUAACCUUGAAAGAGAUUAAAAAAGAAGACUUCGAAAAACUCAGUCAUAAAGAAAAGCGUAAACUCUUGAAGAAGAUGAAGAAAGAUGCUUUAAAGAUGAAGCGUCUUCGUGUGAUUCAGAAACUAAAACGAAAGUUCCUACAGAAGAGAAAGCUUAAGCUCAGGCGUCAAGACAAAAAAGAAAAGAAGGCUUUUAAGAAAAACCUGCUGAAACAGAAACAAAUGAAGAGGAUGAUGAAAAAGAAGUCUAAGAAAGCGCACAAGCGAGAGCACAAGAAAGAGCACAAGAGAGGGCACAAGAAACAUCACAAGAGAGAGCACCAGAAACAAGGAAAGCGUGGAAAGAAUCAAGAGAAGAGAGAGAAAACUCCAGAAAAGAAAAAGCAAUAAGAUAACCUUUUGUAUUCUACGGGAGCGUAACAGAUGCUGAGUAAGAUAAUACCUUAGGAUAACUGCCAAAACUAAGAAAA